AGAAAUUAGGAAUUAGGAUCCUGAUUUGGUGAAACGCUGAAAGAAUGAGUCCAACAAGUUUAUCCGAUACGCCAUCGAGAACCAGGUGCGGUUAUAACACUCCUCACUCCCUACUUAUAUGCUUCAUCCUCAUUUUCAUGGCGGCCUGUUUUUCGCCUUCUCGUUCUAUCCCCAUCUUUUAUCAGCAUCUCUGCUUAAAACCCUCGUUUAUCUCACGUUCCCUUUCUCACCCCAAUCAUUUUCUUAAAUCCCGCCCUUGUCCCCUCUGGUCUUCUUCUUUCUCACUCUGCCUUCACACUUUUACCCGCAAGUCAACACUCCCGUUUUCUCUUUCUCCUCGCAAGCGCCUAACCUGCGCGCGCCGAUUCUCCGCCCCGCCCUCUCCUGCUGUCUCCGGAAUGGCCGCCGCGCCCACCGCUGACGAUAAUCCUUUGUUGAAGGAUUUCUAUUUCCCGCCGUUCGAUGCCAUCGACGCCUCCCACGUCCGCCCCGGAAUCCGCGCUUUGCUCAAGAAGCUCGAAGGUGAAUUGGAGGAAUUGGAGAGGACCGUGGAGCCGACGUGGCCGAAGCUGGUGGAGCCAUUGGAGAAGAUCAUAGAUAAAUUGGCUGUGGUUUGGGGCGCAGUUAAUCACUUAAAGGCCGUGAAAGAUAAUCCUGAACUCCGCUCCGCCAUUGAAGAAGUUCAGCCAGAACAAGUUGCUUUUGAGCUUAGGUUGGGCCAGAGUAAGCCAAUUUAUAAUGCAUUUAAAGCUAUCAAAGAGUCUUCUGACUGGCAUGGUCUGAGUGAUUCUCGCAAACGAAUAGUUGAAGCUCAAAUAAAGGAGGCUGUGCUGAAUGGGAUUGCCCUUGAAGGUGAUAAAAGAGAGAUAUUCAACAAAAUUGAGCAGGACUUGUCAAAUCUGUCAAGAAAAUUUGGGGAGAAUGUCUUAGAUGCCACAAAGAAGUUUGAAAAAUUAAUAACUGAUAAGAAAGAAAUUGAGGGGUUGCCGGCUACAGCUCUUGGUUUGGCUGCACAGACUGCAGUGUCUAAAGGACAUGAAAAUGCUACUGCUGAAAGUGGGCCAUGGAUUAUUACAUUAGAUGCACCAAGUUAUAUGUCAGUAGUGCAACAUGCAAAAAAUCGCACAUUACGGGAAGAGGUGUACCGUGCUUAUAUAACUCGUGCUUCAAGCGGAGACCUUGAUAACACAGCAAUUAUUGACCAAAUUCUGAAGCUUAGGUUGGAGAAGGCAAAGCUUCUUGGAUACAAUAACUAUGCAGAGGUAAGCAUGGCCAGGAAGAUGGCAACUGUUGAUAAAGCAGAAGAGCUCCUCGAAAAACUUCGCGUUGCUUCUUGGGAUCCUGCAGUUCAAGAUAUGGAAGAGCUUAAAGAUUUUUGCAAAAGUCAAGGUGCUCCAGAAGCGGAUGAUUUGAACCAUUGGGAUGUUUCUUUUUGGAGUGAGAGGCUUCGUGAAUCCAAGUAUGAAAUAAAUGAGGAAGAACUGCGCCCAUACUUUCCAUUACCAAGGGUCAUGGAUGGACUUUUUAAUCUUGCAAAUAAGCUUUUUGGAAUACGUGCUGAACCAGCUGAUGGAUUAGCUCCGGUAUGGAACAAGGAUGUCCGCUUCUACCGUGUGAAUGAUUCAUCUGGCAAUCCCAUUGCAUAUUUCUAUUUUGAUCCAUACUCACGUCCAUCUGAAAAACGUGGAGGCGCAUGGAUGGAUGAAGUUGUCGGUCGAAGUCGCGUGCUGUCGCCAGAUGGUGCUUCUCCUAGGUUGCCUGUAGCCCACAUGGUUUGCAAUCAAAUGCCACCUGUAGGGGACAAACCCAGCCUGAUGACAUUCCGUGAGGUCGAGACUGUCUUCCAUGAGUUUGGCCAUGCCCUUCAACAUAUGCUGACUAGGGAGAAUGAGGGUUUGGUCGCUGGUAUACGAGGCAUAGAGUGGGAUGCUGUGGAACUACCUUCCCAAUUUAUGGAGAAUUGGUGCUAUCACAGAGAUACAUUGAUGAGUAUUGCUAAGCAUUAUGAAACUGGAGAGUCUCUUCCUGAAGACAUAUAUAAGAAGCUCCUUGCUGCUAGGACUUUCCGUGCUGGCUCCUUUAGUCUCCGUCAGUUAAGAUUUGCAACUCUCGAUCUUGAGUUGCAUUCAAGAUACAUCCCAGGUGGUUCAGAAUCAAUCUAUGAUGUCGACCAACGGGUCAGUAAGAAGACACAAGUGCUACCCCCACUUCCCGAUGAUAAGUUCCUUUGUGGUUUUGCCCACAUAUUUAAUGGUGGAUAUGCUGCAGGAUACUAUAGCUACAAGUGGGCGGAGGUUUUGUCUGCUGAUGCUUUCUCUGCAUUUGAGGAUGUCGGACUAGAUAACGAGAAGGCUGUUCAAGAAACCGGGCAAAGAUUCCGUGAAACCAUACUUGCUCUUGGAGGUGGAAAAGCGCCAUUGGAGGUUUUUGUGGAAUUCCGAGGACGAGAACCUUCUCCAGAGCCACUUCUCAGGCACAAUGGGCUGCUACCAGCUGUUGCAUAAGCUUGCCAUGAAUGGAGCUUCAAGCUACUCGCUGACUACUAUUGACUAAAUCAUAAGAUGAGCGAGAUAUGUUUUUCAAUUAAGAUUAGAGAUAGAGUUUCGUCUUUUUACUUAUAUGGGAUACUUAUAUGGGACUAACGUUAUAAGGAUAAUAAUAUUGGACUAAUGUUAUUGCACUUUGGCACUA